AUGGAUGACAUCUGUGGCAGCGAUGAACCCAUGCAUAUGAAUGAUAAUCUGCAUUUGCAAUACAUGCAAGAGCAUGAGCAUCAUCACGGGUUGGACCAUAUAAGCAAUGUAAAUGGGGUGGCUGAUGAUCAUGAUAAUGGAAGUGGUGGAGCUGAACUUGUCCAAGCCGAUGUCCCAUCUGACCCCAUGAAUCUUUCUGAUACGCAUGAUGGGAUGAUGGACCAUGGCCCCGAAAAUGGGGACCAGCUCACAUUGUCGUUUCAGGGUCAGGUUUUCGUGUUCGACUGUGUGUCACCUGAGAAGGUUCAAGCUGUGUUGUUACUACUGGGGGGCCGUGAAGUACCUCCAAGCAUGCCUGCUGUCCCAGUAACCAUGCAGCAUACUAAUCGGGCCCUUACUAGUACUCCACAACGGUUGACUGUCCCUCAAAGACUGGCUUCACUAAUUAGAUUCCGUGAAAAACGGAAAGAACGAAAUUUUGACAAGAAGAUUCGUUAUACUGUUCGAAAAGAGGUAGCACUUAGGAUGCAACGAAAGAAAGGUCAAUUCACAUCUUCUAAACCCAGUAAUGAUGAUUCUGCAUCAGCUGUCACAAGUUCGGGCUCGAACGAGAGCUGGAGUCAGGAUGGUAAUGGAUCCCAACAUCAAGAGGCUGCCUGUCGACACUGUGGCAUCAAUGAGAAGUGUACACCAAUGAUGCGACGUGGACCUGAUGGACCAAGAACCCUUUGCAAUGCAUGUGGACUUAUGUGGGCAAACAAGGGUACUCUGAGGGACCUCUCCAAGGCAGCAGAAGCAGCAGCACCCCAAGCAGGACAAAACCCUUCCAUAAGCAAGAACGAAGAUAUGAAACCUGAUUUAUAA